AUGGGGGGCUGGAACCGGUCGCGGUACGUGACGGGCCACCGUGACCGCUCCGCCGGCGCUUCGCGUCCUCCUUGGCCUCCGCCUCCGCCUGAUUACGAAGACGGUCACUACCCAAUCCCAUUAUGGGAAAGGGAAUUCUGCCGCCACGUUGGCGACAUUACUUGGGAGAGGUUCUGUGAAAACAAGCAAUAUGUUGGACCAUUCCAUAAACAUGAGCCCUGGGAUGAUUCAGAGGCAUUUGAUUGUUUCCAGAACGCAAAGGCAAGGUUCUGGGCGAACUAUCAUGGCAAGCCUUCUGACAUUCCUUUGCUGGACGACCCUGAUUUGUACAUCGACAAGGUCGACCACCAAUGCAAACUCGACCCAGAGUUGGUUGCUGAGCUGGAUAGUGUAGGGCUACCAUUUGAGGAUGAUAAUUCCGCCCCGGCCACAGGAUGGGCCAACGCCAGGGCAGACAACAAGUGCACCCAGGAUGGAUCUGGAAACUGGGAUGUCUUCAUAGAAAAGCCGGCUGAAGUCAAUAAGUGGGACUAUGAGGCCAAUCUUGCACCCAACACGACUUGGGGAGGCCAGGCCAAUGUAGUAACACCUGAGGCUGUUUGGGGAGGCCAAUCUUCCAAUAAAUGGGGCAAUAAUAGCAACACCAGCUGGGGCGCUCCUUUGGAGAAGCUGAGCUGGCGUGACUGUAGCAAGAGCCACUACACACCCAACAACUGGAACAACAACUUUCAUGGCGGACCAUCCAACAACAGGUACUGGCAGCCGGAGGAUCCGAGCUACACUUCUGGGUUUGGAAGGAAACGGAACGGCAGUGGUGGUGGUGGUGGUGGGUACUUCAAGCAGAGGAACCAGGCCGAGGGCCAGCAGCAGAGGAGCGGCAGCUGCCAGCAAGACCAAAGAGGAAGGAACAGGCAGUGGCGUCCGGUGCACAACAGAGCUCCCUAA